AAAGUCAUCUUAGGCGCAGUCUUGGAGUUUUCAGCCAUUUACGACUUGCGAGAUCUUUGAUAGAGCUCACUGGUUCACUUCCAUGGAAGCUUAGACGCCCAGUGGGUUUUGGUUAAAUGAAUUGGGCAUUCGUCCACAAAGUUUGGGACAAAUGGGCUUCCGGCAGCAUUGGCACCUUCGGUCAGCCACUGAAAGCUGCUCUGUUGAUUAAUUAUGAUCCAACUGGACCUUCCCGCUUGCUUUCGACCAUUGCAGAACAAGAAGGAAUAUUGCUUAAUCCCAUAGAACUGAAUCAGUUUGUUGAUUUCAUCAAACGUGACAAACCCCAAAAUGAGAGUUUCAGCAUUGGCUCAAAUCAAUACAUAAUGACAUCAGUUCAUGAGAAUUGGUUUUGUGCAAGGUGCAUGAACACUAUAAAGCAUGCUGGUGAAGGUGUUAUUAUAGUGCAAACAACAGCAUUUAUUUUGGUUGCUAUGUAUGAUGGUUCAAUUGCAGCAGCAUCUCGCGCUAUGGCAGCUGCCGACCAGUUAUCUUGGCAAUUAGGCAGGAAAAAUCUUUAGUUGCCCUGAAGUAGAACCUUGUAUGAAUGACAAAUCUUUCUGAUAGGGAAAAAAAAAAAAAAGAAUAGUCCUUGACCCAUUAUCUAACUGGUGUAGAAUUGCACCAGAGUUCUUCCUACCAUGAAUUGACUGAUGAAAGAAAAUGCAAAUAUUUUUUCUUUAAGCAAUUUUCAAAACUAUAGGACUGCUAUGAGUUCUAUCUAAUAUCAUUUUUUCAAAUGUUAAAUAGGCUCAAAGUUGUAGUGUGGA